AUGGACCCGCGCCUGCGAUUAGUCUCGAAUUCUGAACGGAUACUGGAAAACGAAGUUUUACCCCCGGACGUCUUGAAAGUGAUCGUGGUCAAAGAGGAGCAGCAGGAGUGGAGCUCCGGCGCAGAGCAGGAGGACCUCCGUCCGGCACGCGUUAAAGACGAGGAGAACAAACUGAACUGGACCGAUUUCUCUUUGACGCGUGUUCCUGUGAAGAGGGAAGAUGAUCAGAACCCUCCCACGUCACAUCACGGCCUGACUGGCAGCUCGGCCCAGCGAGUGGAGACAGAAUCGGAUGGAGACGGCAGUGGGGGAUCAGAAACGGACCCUAAAUUUCAUACACUGCACACGGGCGCCGGCACGUCAGCCUCCUCCAGCACGGAUGACAGCGACAGGACUAAUGAACCCUCGAAGAGUAACGAGCGCUGUGGAGGCGCGGAGACGAGGUGUCACCCUGACAAGAAACGGUUCGACUGCUCCGAAUGCGACAAAACCUUCGAUCACAAGCGCAACCUGAAAAGACACAUGAGGCGCCACACGGGCGAGAAGCCCUUCUGCUGCUCGGUGUGCAACAAAAGCUUCCGCCAGCGCUCCAACCUGGUGGUGCACUCGCGGACUCACACGGGCAUCAAGCCCUUCGCCUGCCAGCUGUGCCACACCAGCUUCAGCCAGCGCAUCUCGCUGGUGCUGCACGUGAGAACGCACACCGGGGAGAAGCCCUUCCCGUGCUCGGUGUGCGGCGAGCGCUUCUCUCGGAAGGGAACCAUGAUGUCGCACAUGCGGAGGCACACGGGCGAGAAGCCGUUCGGCUGCGGCGCCUGCGACAAACGCUUCACGUUCAAGUGUCAGGUCAGCAAACACAAGUGCGCUGGUGCCAGCAGCAGCGGUAAAUGA